AUGGAUAACAGCGAGGCAUCGGGCAUGUCCGAGGAGUUCGAGACGCCACUUCCUUUCCAGACGGAAAACGAUUUCACGGAUGUGUUACUACUUGUUGAGGACAGACAACUCUAUACGAACCGCUCCCUGCUCGCAUUCGCAUCCCCUGUAUUUAGCUGUAUGUUUACCUCGGAGUUCCGGGAAAAGACGGAAAAGGCGAUUUCACUUCCGGAUAAGAGUUACCAGGCGGUGAGUGACAUGCUGUCCUUUCUUCAUCCGGGCGUUGAGUUCUCUCUGUCACGUGAUAACGUGUUUCCGCUAUUGGCGCUCGCGGAAGAGUACCAGGUGCACGUGCUGAAGACAGCGUGUGAGGACUUCCUGCUCCAAGUUAUCAAGGAUCAGCAAGUCCCAGUGCCAGGCUUCCUGGUCCGCUGCCUGGUGACGGCCGAGACGUGCGCCAUGACGGGCCUCCAAGACACGUGCAUAUCUGUCUUCGCCGACCCGGACGUUCCGCUUAAGGAAGUAAAGGAGAGCGAGGAAGUAACUCUCGCGACGAAGGCAGUCAUUUUUGAGCGGCGGCUGGAGCGCAUGGACGAGGAGAGACGGGAAGUGGAGGCCUGGAGGGCCGGCAUUAACAGUGUCAAGCGGCGAUUGCGGGAGAUAGUGUACCCCCACGAUGACCACUGCCGGUGUCGCGUAGAGGUGAAACUGCGGCACCCACUUCCGCGCUCCUGCCCGUACUGCACGCGCACCUGGUGUUCAGACAAUAUCAGCACGGACGCCUACCGGAACACCCACCAGUUCUAUUGCAACCAUAAGGUCGGCUACCAUAUCACUCAUGACGCCACUAUUCGCAACUUCCUGGAGCAAGUGGAGUGUCCGGUUACGUCAUCCGGUCCGCCGACCCCUAGCAGGCGCGUGCAGCCCCAGCAGCCCAACUCCGGUUCAGAAAGGAUAGAGGAACCUCUCUUACGGGGCUGGUGA